AUGACUUUGAAAAUAAUUCUUUCACAUGUCUGCAUGCUAUCAAUAAAACAAGUCGUAGUACACAUCAGAUGCAAGUGUACGUACAUCUGUACAUGUACAAAAUUGUACACACAAAUUGUGGACGACACCACUGACAAGGGUUUAUUUUCCAUCACGAUUGGCCACAACGGCCCCGAUGAAGACACGUACAUCUUCAACUACCUAAACAACCCCGACAACAACAACAACAACAUCAACAGUGACAACCACAACAACAAAAACAACAACCUCAUCCUCAAGAACAACACUAACAUUCGCGACAAGGUUAACUACUUUGUAGUAAAGACCACAACACUGACAAAAUCUCACGGUACAUGUGGACAAUUUUUCUCAACAGAAUGCACAAAUGGCCUAAAAACUGUAGAUAAAAUUUUGAACAGAAUAAUCAGCAACUGCAAUAACAGCAACAACAACAAAAACACCAACCACAACAACAUCAAUUCUAAUAGCAACAAUCUCAACAGCAACAACGUUACUAUCAACAAAAAAAACAAGAGCAAGAACCUUGACGACAGUACCAGCAAAUUUACUUGCCGCAACAUUGAAAAUGACGAUGACGUCAUCAACAGCACAACUAACAAAAACAUUAGCAACGUCAUAAGCAACAGCAACAACAACAAACAAAUAAACAACGACAAAAACAUUAAAAAAUCUACCGACAACAAAAGCAUCAACACCAGCUUUAAGAACGACAGCAAAAAACAGCUGCAAAAUAAUAGUAAUCAUCAUCGUUUCGAUUCAGAAAGACAUAUAAACCUCGUUGAAUUAGAUAAGAUAUCAAACUUAAAGAUAGAUAGAUCAAGGCUCGAUAAUUACAUGAUAAAAUCUAUGCAUUCUGCCAGCUCUAAACGGCGCAAAUCUUUAAGACAGAAAAAGUAG